AUGGCCGACGAAGGACUUAACAUCUAUGAUGAGAUCGAGAUCGAGGAUAUGACCUUCGAUCCGAACGUGCAGAUCUACACAUAUCCCUGCCCAUGUGGCGACCGCUUUGAGAUCGCAAUCGACGAUUUGCGCGACGGCGAGGAGAUCGCCGUAUGCCCAAGUUGCAGUCUGAUGAUCCGAGUCAUCUUCGAUGUGUUUCUAAUCGUACGCCCUGCGGGGUAUUCCCAGGCCGAUCUUCCCAAAGCCGAUACACAGAGCACGAGCGGGGUGGCCGUUCAGGCUUGA